AUGCCUGAGAUGGGAAAAGAAGAGGGGCUACUGCUUCAUGUGAUCGACAGACUUAGAGACCAGGUAAGUUUGUGUACUACUGCGUACAGAAAAAUCGCAAUGUAAGUAUACAGGAUAUACAGUACAAAAAGACAUAUCAGUCUCCUCAGAGAAGGUUCCAGAGUGGUUCGUUACCCUUUACCAAGAUGAAUAGUAAAAAAAGCACAGCUCAGUGAUGUUUGGAUUAUGGCAACCUCAACGGUUUUUAAGACAUCGAGUGGAGUUUCGAGUUUCACUUCAGUAAAGGUUGGAGUGUGGAGUUAAGGUAAAGGUUGAAUCUACCUGAGAGUUUGUUUUAUUAUAAAGGUCAAUUCUACUUCCGUUGCAUCCUUGAAAUGUCAAGACAUCAAAAUAAUAGUUGAAAAGAGAGUAAAACCCUUGAUCGCAGCUUACUCAGUGCUGACAAAGAACAAAUGUUUUGUCUCCCUCAAGGUAUGGAAAUUGUGAUUCCUCCCCCCUCCAAACUAGUGCACACAAACUACUGCAACGACUGAGUAUGAUGUGCCUAACCUUCAUACACAUACGUUACCAGUCAAAAGUUUGGACACACCUACUCGUUCAAUGGUUUUUCUUUAUUUUUACUAUUUUUUACAUUGUAGAAUAAUAGUGAAGACAUCAAAACUAUGAAAUAACACAUGUGGAAUCAUGUAGUAAAUAAAAAAGUGCUGAACAAAUCAAAAUAUAUUUUAUAUUUGAGAUUCUUCAAAUAGCCACCCUUUGUCUUGAUUACAGCUUUGCACACUCUUGGCAUUCUCUCAACCAGCUUCACCUGGAAUGCUUUUCCAACAGUCUUGAAGGAGUUCCUACAUAUGCUGAGCACUUGUUGGCUGCUUUUCCUUCACUCUGCGGUCCGAGUCAUUCCAAACCAUCUCAAUUGGGUUGAGGUCAGGGGAUUGUGGAGGUCAGGUCAUCUGAUGCAGCACUCCAUCACUCUCCUUCUUGGUAAAAUAGCCCUUACACAGCUUGGAGGUGUGUUGGGACAUUGUCCUGUUGAAAAAUGAUAGUCCCACCAAGCCCAAACCAGAUGGGAUGGCAUAUCACUGUAGAAUGCUGUGGUAGCCAUGCUGUUUAAGUGUGCCUUGAAUUCUAAAUAAAUCACAGACAGUGUCACCAGCAAAGCACCCCCACACCAAAACACCUCCUCCUCCAUGCUUUACGGUGGGAACGACACAUGCGGAGAUCAUCCGUGUCUGUUACUUGAACUCUGUGAAGCAUUUAUUUGGGCUACAAUUUCUGAGGCUAGUAACUCUAAUGAACUUAUCCUCUGCAGCAGAGGUAACUCUGGGUCUUCCAUUCCUGUGGUGGUCCUCAUGAGAGCCAGUUUCAUCAUAGCGCUUGAUGUUUUUGCAACUGCACUUCAAGAACUCAAAGUUCUUGAAAUGUUCCUGAUUAACUGACCUUCAUGUCUUAAAGUAAUGAUGGACUGUCGUUUCUCUUUGCUUAUUUGAGCUGUUCUUGCCAUAAUAUGGACUUGGUCUUUUACCAAAUAGGGCUAUCUUCUGUAUACCCCCCCUACCUUGUCACAACUCAACUGAUUGGCUCAAACGCAUUAAGAAGGAAAUAAAUUCCACAAAUUAACUUUUAACAAGGCACACCUGUUGAUUGAAAUGCAUUCCAGGUGAUUACCUCAUGACGCUGGUUGAGAGAAUGCCAAGAGUGUGCAAAGCUGUCAUCAAGGCAAAGGGUGACUACUUUGAAGAACCUCAAAUAUAACAUAUAUUUGGAUUUGUUUAACACUUUUUUGGUUAGUACAUGAUUCCAUAUGUGUUAUUUCAUAGUUCUGAUGUCUUCACUAUUAUUCUACAGUGUAGAAAAUAGUACAAAUAAAUACAAACUCUUGAAUGAGUACGUGUGUCCAAUCUUUUUUGACUGGUACUGUAAGUGAAAUCAUACUUUUUCAGACACAGAAUUUUCUGAAAAAGGAUGAAAAUAAUUAUCACAGGGUACAAUAGACAAAGAUUACCACGUCUGUCCCCUGUUUGUGGAGUUGAGGGUAAUAAGAGCAGAGGAGGAGACGAGAGGACUGAGGGGAAUUGGGUUAGUGCCCUACAGUGUGGAGAGGGAGAAAGUGAUUGGAGGAGAGGAUGAUUACAGAGCCAAGUGCAUAUGAGUUGACACAAAAGGAGGCAAUAAAAUAAGUCACACCAAUAUCAAGGGCCUUGGUCAAGGAAAAUGAUUACAAUUUGGAUGGCAAAAGUGGCCUUGGUCUAUACAGUUUACCUGGCUUUGAGAGAGAGAGAGAGAGAGAGAGAGAGAGAGAGAGAGAGAGAGAGAGAGAGAUAGAGAGAGAGAUAGAGAGAGAGAGAGAUCUAUCGAGCGAUCUAUUUCUCUAGACGCUAUCUCUCUAUAUCUCUUCUUCUCUCUCGCUCUCGCUAGUCUCUAUCUCUACUCUAGCGCUCUCUUCUUCUCUAUCUCGCUCUCAGGAGCUAGAGAGGUGAGACAGUCAUCCCUCUUUAAUGGAUGUCGUGUUGGAGAGGCUAAAAAGAGAGGAGUGUUUGAUGGAGAGCAGGGCUGAGGGUCUUGCUGCAGGCCUCUCUUUAUCAUCGCUGCCUGUGUUUAAAAAUACAUCUCCCUCCCUCCUUCCACCCCCUCCAUCCGCCCCCAGCCUUCAUUUGCUUCAGAAGGCCAUCCUGCUGAUAAUUACCUCCUAUGCUAACGUGUGCCCUCUUACGCACACACACGCACACACACACACACACACACACACACACACAGACAGACAAACACACGCACAGGUCUACAGAAUUUGCUGAUGGUCACUGCUGGUUCUUCACACCCUUGGGUGAGGAGAAGAGGGGGGAGGGUGGGAAGGAACUUCCCCAUAAGGGGUCCCUCGGCACGGCGGAAGAAUGUGACGAGUCCACGGGGAAGGGAACACCAGAGACCGUGAUUAAGUGGAGGUAGCAGAGGUUGACUCUAAGUCGUGUAACCUUGUCAUCUGUGAUCUGGUCCUCCGGGGGCCACAUGUCUUUGACUCUUUGCCGAGGCCGAAUAUCAUGGCAAUUUUUUCCCUUUUAGCCUGGGGGAGGUCAAAAUACAUAUAUCUGGAAAUGUCCUUGUGAAAAGGGGCUUCAUCAUUUUUUCUGCUGGUUAUGAAAGUAUAACUUGAGGGCACGAGCAAGUUCAGCCAGACUUUUCUAUAGUAGACGGAUGAGAUUCAGCUAUUUGCCCUGGUAGUAGCAACAGAGAACGUGAGAGAGCGAUGCCUCAUCCCCCAUACACUAAUCAUCUGCUCUCACUGUCCGGGUGGUGGUGGUAGAUUAAUUGCCAUUGUAAUAAAUGCUUGCUAUUUUUCGCCUUCCUAACACAGAAGGCUACCACUAGCGGGUGAGCGAAGUUUGCUGCUUAUGACGAAAUGUGCAUCUCUGGUGGGUUGAUUUGCAUCUAAAAGCGGGCACCCCACCAGUAAGGCCGGUGAGCAAGUCUGCUGUCGGCACACCAGAAUCGUACUGGAGGGCCACCUGCCUGCUGCUUAUUCGUUGCUAACUGGCUAAAUUGAGUACUGAUGUAAUAAUAUUAUGUGAUUAUAGAUAUAUUGGACCUGUCGUAGUACCUUCGAAGCAACAGUAGUAGCCAGAGGGUGCAUGAAUUAGAUAUGUUAUGGGAUUUGAGUCACAUAAACUGUAAACUGUGAGGUUAGGGCCUGUAUGUACGGUAGGUUUGCCUUCUGUUUGAAUAACCCAUUUCAUGAGAGACAAUGACCAAUCACCAUCACAGUGAGCUGGGGUUAUUGGAAAGUCAGAGAUAGGGCUGUUGCGGUGACCGUAUUACCGCCACACCAGCGGUCAGGAGUCAUGAAGGCAGUCAAAUUCCCUGUGACCGUUUAGUCACGGUAAUUAGUCUUCUCCAAGCUCUGAUGCUGCUGAUGGUCAUUAGUAGCCUACCAAACUUGCUAACUGCCUGAUACUCAGCACUCUAUUGUCCCUCUAAUCACUCUGACAUCAAUACACAUUUAAUCGAAAAUCUAAUCAAACACUUCAUGACAGUCCAUGAGCUCAUGUUGCGCAACAUUUCUAUUGGCUAUGCAAUUGUGCGAGAAAACAGAGUUAUUGCCUCUAUUAAAAAUCCCAUAAAUUUUCUCUAGGCUAGUCCUACUAUAUUUCUUUCUUAUCUUUCCUAAUAUUCAGCACAUUGCUUGUCUUUACAACAGGAGUAUAGCCUACCUGGCUGGCAUGAAAAUGAACCACAGGAAAAGAGUCCUCCAUUCGCUAUUUAAGUGCAUAGAUGAGACAUAUUUUUUCCCGCUGCCCUGUUUCGAGACAGGUGCAUGAUAACGGUCCAUUCUAAAUCAAAGCAAAUUUCACAUUUAGAUGAUUUAGUAUAUGUAAAGACAAGAUUACAUCAAGAAUAGUCUGUUGGGUGACAAUAUUAGCCUAUGACUUGUGAAUGAUAUAUUAUCACUUGUAAAUGAUGCCCAGCAUAAGGCAAGAAACAAUGCCUUUUUCGAAUCAUAGUCACACACCUCAUGUUGCCUAGCCCAUAGGUCUAUAUGUUUUGAUAAGGUUUGUAUCACAACUGAAGUGGCCAAAUAACUUCUUAAAAUUAAGCACAUUAAUCUGCUUUACAAGGGGUGUAGAGCCUAACUGGCAUACAUAAGCAGCAUGUGAGUUUCAAGUUUGGGGAAGAUCGUUUUCACCAUAAAAAUGCACCUUUCUAAUAAAAGCAUUAGAUGCAUAAUCGCAUUUGCGGUCACUUUUGAUAAUGGUGUUUUCCCGCUAAUGGAACAUUCGCGCUCAUAGCCUACUACCAUGUGCGCAUUGCUGCGCUUAUAAUGUGAAGAAAUAGCCUAAUAGUUUAUCAACAUUUAAAGCUAAACGUUCUGAUCUGUUGCAUCAGCCACAUUGUGUAAAAAUGGUUUUUUGAUGUUCGUAUUAAUUUGGGAUCUAUCGCAUCCCACAACUGUCCCAGACUAUGUUUGGAAUAUUUAUUUAUUGCACAGAAUAGAAUAGGUCAACUUUUGUACUAUGGGGGACAGUAGAUUGACAUAGGCUAGUGCUUUUGAUGUUCGUUAGUCCUACUCAUCUUGUUAGCUGACGAAAAGUAAAUGUGGACAGUUCUUCCAAUAUCUUCAAUAUGCACCUCAGAAUUGGAUAACGACGCACGCAGUUGCGUCCCCGAUGUAUCUGUAGGCUGUGAGAAAGACCUGAUCACGUGAUGGAGAGUGAGAGGUGCUUCGGAGCGUGCAGCACUCAGGGAGAAGGGUACAACGUACCACUCCGGGCCAAGAUCCAAGAUAACGUAACAGUGUGGUCGUGUAUUCUGUUAUGUCCUCAUGUAAAUAGCCUGUUUCUUUGUUUUUUGGGGGGUAAAUAUUUUUCUAUCUCACUUUCCAUCCUUAAACUAAAUAUACUUUCCUGCAACCCGCCUCACCCAAUGUGGAACGGAUUCUAUUCUUUCUUGAUUUUUAUCAAGAACCUACGGCUGAAACGAGCCAGCUAGCCAGCUAACUAGCUACUUGCUAUUAGCCACCGUUAGCGGUCUUCACCACUGUCCGUGGCCUGCACUACCUACCAUCCAGCUCUAGCCUGGUCAAUUAUCGGCCAGUCUGCACAGCGCGCUAUUGACCCAGAGCAUAUUGGAUUUUCUGCCGGAAUAACUGAAUCACUGGACCUUAACACCGGACCAUCGCAAUUAGCUAGCUGCAACCGAAUGACUGUGGUGGGCUAAUCACCAGUUAGCCUUGAGCUAGCCUCGAGCCAGGCCCAUCUCCCGGCUAUCUACCUCUCUGUCAACCGGACGGGACCUCCUAGUGUCGACACGGAGCCCCGCCGAUCCAUCACGACUGGUCUGCCGACGCAAUCGUCUGAUGUGGUUUCAACAGGCUUCCCGUUGCGACGACCACGAAGAUCCAUCUGCUAGCCCCGGCCCGCUAGCACGCGCAAUCAACAGCCGUGCCUCCUGUUCGCCUGUGCUGUAGCAGCCUACGAACUGCUCCCGGACUUACCUAUUGCGGUUCACUGGACCUUAUGAUCACUCAGCUACACAGCUAAUGCCUGCUGGACUGUUCCUUUACACGGUACCCCAUCCUGUUUAUCUGUUUAGCCUCAGCCCAAACUUUCGUCGCCAAUACCAGUUGUUGUCUUAGCCCUCUCGAAUAACACCUGUGAUUGCGUUAUGCCUCUCUCCCUUGUCAAUAUGCCUAGCCUAUUGCUGUUUGGGUUAGUUCUUAUUAUACCAUUUCACUGUAGAGCCCCCAGUACCGCUCAACCAGCCUCAGAGAGCUCCUUUGUCCCACCCCCCAUACACGUGGAGACUGGCUCAAUUGGUACCUCCAGUGACAAUAUCGCUUUCAUUGUUACCCAAUGCUUAGGUGUACCUCCACUGUACUCAUAUCCUUCCAUAUCCUUGUCUGUACAUAAUGCCCUGAAUCUAUUCUACAAAGGCCGGAAAUCUGCCCCUUUUAUUCUCUGUACCCAACGCACUAGAAGACCAGUUCUUAAAGCCUUUAGCCGUAUCCUUAUUCUAUUCCUCCUCUGUUCCUCUGGUGAUGUAGAGGUUAACCCAGGCCCUGUAGCCCCCAGUAUCACUCCUACCCCCCAGGCGCUAUCAUUUGUUGACUUCUGUAACCGUAAAAGCCUUGGUUUCUUGCAUGUUAAAAUCAGAAGCCUCCUCCCCAAGUUUUAGUUAUUCACUGCGUUAGCACACUCUGAUGUUCUAGCAGUGUCUGAAUCUUGGCUUAGAAAUGUCCAUCCCGAACUACAACAUUUUCCGUCUAGAUAGAACUGCCAAAGGGGGUGGAGUUGCAAUCUACUGUAGAGAUAGUCUGCAGAGCUCUAUCAUACUAUCCAGGUCUGUGCCCAAACAGUUUGAGCUUCUACUUCUAAAAAUCCACCUUUCCAGAAAUAAGUCUCUCACUGUUGCCGCUUGCUACAGACCCCCCUCAGCCCCCAAUUGUGCCCUGGACACCAUAUGUGAACUGAUUGCCCCCAUCUAUCCUCAGAGUUCGUACUGCUUGGUGACCUAAACUGGGAUAUGCUUAACACCCCGGCCGUCCUACAAUCUAAACUAGAUGCCCUCAAUCUCACACAAAUUAUCAAGGAACCUACCAGGUACAACCCUAAAUCCAUAAACAUGGGCACCCUCAUAGAUAUCAUCCUGACUAAUUUAUCCUCUAAAUACACCUCAGCUGUCUUCACCCAGGAUCUCAGCGAUCACUGCCUCAUUGCCUGCAUCCGUAAUGGGUCUGCGGUCAAACGACCACCCCUCAUCACUGUCAAACGCUCUCUAAAACACUUCAGCGAGCAGGCCUUCCUAAUUGACCUGGCCCGGGUAUCCUGGAUGGAUAUUGACCUCUUUCCGUCAGUAGAGGAUGCCUGGAUGUUCUUCAGAAGUGCUUUCCUCUCCAUCUUAAAUAAGCAUGCCCCAUUCAAAAAAUUCUGAACUAAGAACAGAUUUAGCCCCUGGUUCACCCCAGACUUGACUGUCCUUGACCAGCACAAAAACAUCCUGUGGUGUACUGCAUUAGCAUCGAACAGGCCCCACGAUAUGCAACUUUUCAGGGAAGUUAAACUGUUACAGACCUAUAUCCGUCCUGCCCUGCCUUUCGAAAGUAUUUGAAUGCCAAGUUAACAAACAUAUCACCGACCAUUUCGAAUCCCACCGUACCUUCUCCGCUAUGCAAUCGGGUUUUCCAAUCAUGGGUGCACCUCAGCCACGCUCAAGUUCCUAAACGAUAUAAUAACCGCGAUCGAUAAAAGACAGUACUGUGCAGCCGUCUUCAUCGACCUGGCCGAGGCUUUUGACUCUGUCAAUCACCACAUUCUUAUUGGCAGGCUAAAUAGCCUUGGUUUCUCAAAUGACUGCCUCGCCUGGUUCACCAACUACUUCUCAGAUAGAGUUCAAUGUGUCAUAUCAGAGGGCCUGUUGUCUGGACCUCUGGCAGUCUCUAUGGGGGUGCCAAAGGUUUCAAUUCUCGGGCCGACUCUAUUCUCUGUGUAUAUCAAUGAUGUCGCUCUUGCUGCUGGUGACUCUCAGAUCCACCUCUACGCAGACGACACCAUUUUGUAUACAUCUGGCCCUUCAUUGGACACUGUGUUAACAAACCUCCAAACGAGCUUCAAUGCCAUACAACACUCCUUCGGUGGCCUCCAACUGCUCUUAAACGCUAGUAAAACUAAAUGCAUGCUCUUCAAUCGAACGCUGCUUGCACCCGCCCGCCCGACUAGAAUCACUACUCUCGGCGGGUCUGACUUAGAAUAUGUGGACAACUACAAAUACCUAUGUGUCUGGUUAGACCGUAAACGCUCCAUCCAGAAUCACAUUAAGCAUCUCCAAUCCAAAGUUAAAUCUAGAAUCGGCUUCCUAUUUUGCAACAAAGCCUCCUUCACUCAUGCUGCUAAACAUGCCCUCGUAAAACUGACUAUCCUACCGAUCCUUGAUGUCAUUUACAAAAUAGCUUCCAAAACUCUACUCAGCAAAUUGGAUGUAGUCUAUCCUCAGUGCCAUCCGUUUUGUCACCAAAGCCCCAUAUACUACCCACCAUUGUGACCUGUACGCUCUCGUUGGCUGGCCCUCACUACAUAUUCGUCGCCAAACACACUGGCUCCAGGUCCUCUAUAAAUCACUUCUAGGCAAAUCCCCGCCUUAUCUUAGCUCAUUGGUCACCAUAGCAACACCCACCCGUAGUAUGCAUUCCAGGAGGUAUAUCUUACUGGUCAUCCCCAAAGCCAACACCCCCUUUGGCCGCCAUUCCUUCCAUUUCUCUGCUGCAAAUGACUGGAACGAACUGCAAAAAUCUCUGAAGCUGAAGACAUUUAUCUCCCUCACUAACUUUAAGCAUCAGUUGUCAGAGCAGCUUACCGAUCACUGCACCUGUACACAGCCCAUCUGUAAUUAGCCCACCCAACUACCUCAUCCCCAUAUUGUUAUUUACAUUGUUAUUUAUUUUGCUCAUUUGCACCCCAGUAUCUCUAUUUGCACAUCGUCUUCUGCACAUCUAUCACUCCAGCGUUAAUACUAAAUUGUAAUUAUUUUGCACUAUAGCCUAUUUAUUGCCUUACCUCCAUAACUUACUACAUUUGCACACACUGUAUAUAGAUUUUCUAUUUUGUUAUGGACUGUACGUUUUGUUUAUUCCAUAUGUAACUCUGUGUUGUUGUUGUUUUUAUCGCACUGCUUUGCUUUAUCUUGGCCAGGUCGCAGUUGUAAAUGAGAACUUGUUCUCAACUGGCUUACCUGGUUAAAUAAAGGUUAAAUAAAAAUAACUAAAUAAAUAAAAGGGCACAACGGCCACUGGCCGCAAAAGGCAUGGAUUUUUUUAGGGUGCAUUACGGCCACACAAAGGGGAUGCCACCGUGAAAUUUGAGGCAUUAUCAAGUGCUUGUCAAAUAGUGAAUGAGAGACUGGAUAAAGUGUGUACCGCCUGCGCAAAAAACAUAGCAGAGCUCAUGCCUUUCAAGCACAUUUUUUCAAAUCAACAUUAGAGUCGCAUCAUGCAGCCUUACAAUGUAUUAAAAAACAUCAAAACAUAUAGCUCAACGUUUGUAGAACUAAAGUUACAUUAACUAAAUUAAGCGUAUAGGAGUACCUGUUUCUUUUUUAACCGCUCAACACAGAAUAGCCGCAUGUGCACACUAACUCAAAUCGUUUGGAGAAAAUAUCCUUUCUAUUUUAUUCAGCUUUGUUCAAUUGUAUUCUUCAUACUAUAAAAUAAUAUAAAAGAAUGCCACGGAAUUGUAAGCAAAUCUUGUCUGCUAAAUGAACUAGUGUAGCCCACAGCCAUUUGGCAUAGCCAGAUCAGGACCUAACAGAAGGACAACUCAGAGUAUGCUAUUCAGUUCUUCUGAAAUAGACUACAUUUUCUUCAUAUCAUGCUUCUUUAGACCUGUAUAAAAUAAAUAAUGGAUUUAUUUGGAAGAUGUAGGCUAUAUUACAUGGAUUUAUUAGACUUUUUUAAAUGUAGAUUUUCCAAAGGUCUGCAUCAGUUGCUUGUAGGCUAUGUGUGGAAGCCAGGAGAUGCUAAAUUUGUUUAUGCUAAUUAACGUCAAUUACCGUGAGACUGACAGUUAUUUGCUUGACAUUCACCAGUUGACGAAAUUGCAUGACCGCCACAGCCCUAGUCAGAGACAAUUUUGGGGUUUAAUAAAAUCAUAAUCAAAACACAUCUAAAAGCAGCCCAGUCGGCAGUGGAUUAUGCGCUGUCCCGCCAUAUUUAGAAUGGUGAAGUUAUGGCGUGGCAUUUUAUUUCCAUGACAAUUUCCAAAAGUCCACUAGGGGCAACACGAGUGCCUGUUACCAUCUAUUAGGCUUGCAAUGAGCUAGCGCAAUGGGCAUGAGGUUGAGGAUGGGCUUAAACCACAAGCUAUGCUCCGAGCAUCGCGUGUUCAAUCCCAGAACAAGGCAAUCAUUUUGUUUUUCUGUUUUAACCCUAUCCCAAACCUUAAACCUAACCUUAUGUUUCCAUUUGCUAUGGAGGUUGUGUUGCCUAAAAGAGAACUGCAGCUGAUUUUUAUUUUUUACUGGCAUUGGAUAAACACACACACACAGACCCACACACGCACACACUCACACACACACACACACACACACACAGACAGAUGCAUGCACACACGCACAUGUAAGCAAUACACACAUACACACACAACACACACAUCCCUCCCCCCCACACAAACACACACACACAGACUUUAAAAAAUGAUUCUCUUUAAUUUCAGCAAUCAGACCGGACCGUUCCGGCAAAGCUCUGAAUCAAAGGAAAACACAGUUCAAACGCAGCCUGCUAACACACGCUAAUCUGGGGCUUGAAGGGAGGGUUUGAAGUCUCUCGCUCUGAGUCAGAGCGAAUGUGACAUUAGAUCACAGCAGCCCGUGUCCCUGUCACCGCCGUGACUGCCGCUCUCUUUGUCCUCUGGGGCAUGUGGCCAUGGUGGCAGCCUGCUUGUCAGCUGUUUGUCACACACUUGAAAAGUAUGAAACAAAAUAAAUAAUCAAAUAAGAAAUAACGCUGACCUUCUAGAUCACAUUUGGCACAGAAUUACAUCACUUGCAUUUGUGUUGUGUUGUUUUUUCUCUCUUAAAGGCACAGCUUAACUUCCUUCAAAGAUUAACUCCCUGCAACACGUCCGCCUCUGUAAUUCUCUCUGUAAACAGUUAUGGUGAAAUAAGCUUACUUUGGGAUGCUUGCUGACAUUACCUGUUGUGUAGGAGAUGAUUACAGAGCUGCGUUGCGCUAAACAGCCCUCAGCGCUGCCGAGACUGAAACUUUUAAGACUUCCCUUUUUUAAUGGUGGAUUUGUGCGUGUGGCCGAAGGCUUCAUCAAAUGAAGGGCACCCAUGUUCAGACACUUAAUAGACUGUAAAACUGUUGCUUACUCAUUAAUCCUUUGGCUCAAGGCAUCCUUAGUGAUUCAAGGCUAAAAGGAAGGAAAUGUACAGCCAGAAAGGGACAGAAAUAUCCAGCGGUAUAUGAAUAAUUGGCCUACAGUAAGGUGUUUUAAAAUAUGCACAUUUCUCUUGUGACAGGAAAUUUCCUAAGCUAUACAUUUUUAUGUAAGAUUGUUUUUAAUCAGUAUUUAAGUCAUAUCACAGCUGCUUUUGCUUCAUAAUCUAUGUGGAAUGUAGGUAGUGAGGAUGUAGGUAGUGUGAACAAUCAUGUAUCUAGUACAGUGAGGGAGAAAAGUAUUUGAUCCCCUGCUGAUUUUGUACGUUUGCCCACUGACAAAGAAAUGAUCAGUCUAUAAUUUUAAUUGUAGGUUUAUUUGAACAGUGAGAGACAGAAAAACAAAACAAAAAUCCAGAAAAACGCAUGCAAAUUUUUUUAUAAAUUGAUUUGCAUUUUAAUGAGGGAAAUAAAUAUUUGACCCCCUCUCAAUCAGAAAGAUUUCUGGCUCCCAGGUGUCUUUUAAACAGGUAACGAGCUGAGAUUAGGAGCACACUCUUAAAGUGAGUGCUCCUAAUCUCAGUUUGAUACCUGUAUGAAAGACACCUGUCCACAGAAGCAAUCAAUCAAUCAGAUUCCAAACUCUCCACCAUGGCCAAGACCAAAGAGCUCUCCAAGGAUGUCAGGGACAAGAUUGUAGACCUACACAAGGCUGGAAUAGGCUACAAGACCAUCGCCAAGCAGCUUGGUGAGAAGGUGACAACAGUUGGUGUGAUUAUUCGCAAAUGGAAUAAACACAAAAGAAGUGUCAAUCUCCUUCAGCCUGGGGCUCCUUGCAAGAUCUCACCUCGUGGAGUUGCAAUGAUCAUGAGAACGGUGAGGAAUCAGCCCAGAACUACACGGGAGGAUCUUGUCAAUGAUCUCAAGGCAGCUGGGACCAUAGUCACCAAGAAAACAAUUGGUAACACACUAUGCCGUGAAGGACUGAAAUCCUGCAGCGCCCGCAAGGGCCCCUGCUCAAGAAAGCACAUAUACAGGGCCGUCUGAAGUUUGCCAAUGAACAUCUGAAUGAUUCAGAGGAGAACUGGGUGAAAGUGUUGUGGUCAGAUGAGACCAAAAUCGAGCUCUUUGGCAUCAACUCAACUCGCCGUGUUUGGAGGAGGAGGAAUGCUGCCUAUGACCCCAAGAACACCAUCCCCACCGUCAAACAUGGAGGUGGAAACAUUAUGCUUUGGGGGACAGGACAACUUCACCGCAUCAAAGGGACGAUGGACGGGGCCAUGAACCUUCCCUCAGCCAGGGCAUUGAAAAUGGGUCGUGGAUGGGUAUUCCAGCAUGACAAUGACCCAAAACACACGGCCAAGGCAACAAAGAAGUGGCUCAAGAAGAAGCACAUUAAGGUCCUGGAGUGGCCUAGCCAGUCUCCAGACCUUAAUCCCAUAGAAAAUCUGUGGAGGGAGCUGAAGGUUCAAACGUCAGCCUCAAACCUUAAUGACUUGGAGAAGAUCUGCAAAGAGGAGUGGGACAAAAUCCCUCCUGAGAUGUGUGCAAACCUGGUGGCCAACUACAAGAAACGUCUGACCUUUGUGAUUCCCAACAAGGGUUUUGCCACCAAGUACUAAGUCAUGUUUUGCAGAGGGGUCAAAUACUUAUUUCCCUCAUUGAAAUGCAAAUCAAUUUAUAACAUUUUUGACAUGCGUUUUUCUGGAUUUUUUUGUUGUUAUUCUGUCUCUCACUGUUCAAAUUAACCUACCAUUAAAAUUAUAGACUGAUCAUGUCUUUGUCAGUGGGCAAACAUACAAAAUCAGCAGGGGAUCAAAUACUUUUUUCCCUCACUGUAUGUGAGAUGGUUGGUGGAUUUUUAUCUGUUCCUAUCCUAGUGGCAAGUGAAUGGUUGGUUCUUGGUUCUGACGAUAAGAUGAUUGGCGCCUGAAGCUAAUAAGGGGAGCUGAGGUGUAAGGGAUGAGGGGCAGGGGACGAGGGACGAGGACAACUUCUCUGAGUGCAGUCCCCUCAGUCUCUCCAAUCUCAUCAGUUAAUGACUCAGUCGUCAUCUCCUCUCCCGAUGCCCUCUGGGAAAUGUUGUUUUCUUUUGAUGAAGUGGGGCAACGCGGUCAAACAAGUCCGGAAAGUACUGGCUCAGUAGUGUUUGUCUCUUGAUUGACCUCAGUAUCUUGGUUGAACAGCAGGAGUGGUUAGAGCUGCACUUUCUCCUGCCAUUAUUGCUCUUUAAAGGGGCAAUCAGCAGUUGCUACAUCCAAUAAUAUGUACCCAUUGAUUCUUAAAGAUUAUAGCUUAUAAAUGCCUCACGAGCUUAGUUCAACUGUCAUUCCCCAUCAGAACCCAAAAUGUAAGUUUGUUUUACUCCAAUAUUUGUAAACAAAGAAAAUGUAAACAAACAUAGUUAAAACUAUAAUUUAGAUUUCAUGGAUGGUCAAUGGUUGAAUUCAUGGCUCUGCCUAUGAAUUUGAGAGUGAUUAAAUUUAUCCAGCCCCAUCCCUCAGCUUUUAACCGAACCACAGGCCGCUUUGUUAUUGUUUCUACUGCUGAUUGCCGUUUUAAGGAGAGCCUGGCAGAUUUAUGGGGUGCAAGAGGAACACAGCAUCCCCACAAUUACUGUGGGUGCUGGAAUUAAAUUGACAAUUUGUAAUGUUAAUCUCCUUAGCGCUCCUGGACUGGGGAAGCUGCAUAAUCAGCCGGCCCAAAGCCCAGAGGAAAUCAAUCCUCUUCUUCUUCCUGCUACUGCCUACUCUCCACUAUCUGCCCCCCCAUCUAAUCUUCUUAUCUACUCAACUUCCUCUCUCCCUUUUUCUCUUAUCCAGCCGUAUCUCUCCCUAUAUAUGUCUUUGUUCUCUUUCGUCGUCCCCCAACCACCUUUCUUUCUUUCUAUAUCUCCCACACUCUCUCUGUUUCUCUCUGUUUCUCUCUGUCUCUAGUAUCUCUCACCCAACUCAUUCUCUCUCUCUCUCUCUCUCUCUCUCUCUCUCUCUCUCUCUCUCUCUCUCUCUCUCUCUCUCUCUGUUACUUUCAUUCUGCUUACCUGGGAGUGAUUUUAUUUUCCAUGAAGUGGAACCGUGUGCCAGUGAAUCAGACUGGCCCCCCAUUGUUCGGGAUCUUGAAGGUUGUUAUUUAGUUGGGAUCUCACAGUUGGCUUAUUUAAUGCAGUGGCAGACCACAAACUGGUGGCAAUUUCAAACAUCUGUUUCUAAUGGUUCCAGAUGUUUCAUGUUACUUGGCUUACCUAACCGUCCUGUGAUUAAACUUGCUUGAUUUUCAGGCAACUUUUACUUCUACUGUGAGGCUACAGUGAGGGAAAAAAGUAUUUGAUCCCCUGCUGAUUUUGUACAUUUGCCCACUGACAAAGAAAUGAUCAGUCUAUAAUUUUAAUGGUAGGUUUAUUUGAACAGUGAGAGACAGAAUAACAACAAAAACAUCCAGAAAAACACAUGUCAAAAAUGUUAUAAAUUGAUUUGCAUUUUAAUGAGGGAAAUAAGUAUUUGACCCCCUCUCAAUCAGAAAGAUUUCUGGCUCCCAGGUGUCUUUUAUACAGGUAACGAGCUGAGAUUAGGAGCACACUCUUAAAGGGAGUGCUCCUAAUCUCAGUUUGUUACCUGUAUAAAAGACACCUGUCCACAGAAGCAAUCAAUCAAUCAGAUUCCAAACUCUCCACCAUGGCCAAGACCAAAGAGCUCUCCAAGGAUGUCAGGGACAAGAUUGUAGACCUAAACAAGGCUGGAAUGGGCUACAAGACCAUCGCCAAGCAGCUUGGUGAGAAGGUGACAACAGUGUGUGUGAUUAUUCGCAAAUGGAAGAAACACAAAAGUACUGUCAAUCUCCCUCGGCCUGGGGCUCCAUGCAAGAUCUCACCUCGUGGAGUUGCAAUGAUCAUGAGAACGGUGAGCAAUCAGCCCAGAAUUACACGGGAGGAUCUUGUCAAUGAUCUCAAGGCAGCUGGGACCAUAGUCACCAAGAAAACAAUUGGUAACACACUACGCCGUGAAGGACUGAAAUCCUGCAGCGCACGCAAGGUCCCCCUGCUCAAGAAAGCACAUAUACAGGCCCGUCUGAAGUUUGCCAAUGAACAUCUGAAUGAUUCAGAGGAGAACUGGGUGAAAGUGUUGUGGUCAGAUGAGACCAAAAUCGAGCUCUUUGGCAUCAACUCAACUCGCCGUGUUUGGAGGAGGAGGAAUGCUGCCUAUGACCCCAAGAACACCAUCCCCACCGUCAAACAUGGAGGUGGAAACAUUUUGCUUUGGGGGUGUUUAUCUGCUAAGGGGAAAGGACAACUCCACCGCAUCAAAGGGACAAUGGACGGGGCCAUGUACCAUCAAAUCUUGGGUGAGAACCUCCUUCCCUCAGCCAGGGCAUUGAAAAUGGGUCGUGGAUGGGUAUUCCAGCAUGACAAUGACCCAAAACACACAGCCAAGGCAACAAAGGAGUGGCUCAAGAAGAAGCACAUUAAGGUCCUGGAGUGGCCUAGCCAGUCUCCAGACCUUAAUCCCAUAGGAAAUCUGUGGAGGGAGCUGAAGGUUCGAGUUGCCAAACGUCAGCCUCGAAACCUUAAUGACUUGGAGAAGAUCUGCAAAGAGGAGUGGGACAAAAUCCCUCCUGAGAUAUGUGCAAACCUGGUGGCCAACUACAAGAAACGUCUGACCUCUGUGAUUGCCAACAAGGGUUUUGCCACCAAAUACUAAGUCAUGUUUUGCAGAGGGGUCAAAUACUUAUUUCCCUCAUUAAAAUGCGAAUCAAUUUAUAACAUUUUUGACAUGCGUCUUUCUGGAUUUUUUUGUUGUUAUUCUGUCGCUCACUGUUCAAAUAAACCUACCAUUAAAAUUAUAGACUGAUCAUGUCUUUGUCAGUGGGCAAACUUACAAAAUCAGCAUGGGAUCAAAUACUUUUUUCCCUCACUGUAUAUAGAAAUGUGCAAAUACACAACUCAAUAUUCAUAAUAAAAUACAUCAGGCACUGAAGUACAGUAGCAGCAUAAACCAAUCCCAUGACAUCUACAAAGUCAAUAUCUAUAUUACAUUUAUUAUGUCAAUAUUUAUUUUAUUAGGUAACAGUGGUGACAGUGACUCUAUGUCCACAAUCAUUAAUAUUAUCUCCUCACAAGGGCAUUCUGCUGUACUGUGAGCACCAGGGCUCCACCUUUGACUUGAGCAAGCUGCCUAGUCGCAGGUUCGAGACCAUGGACCACUUCGAGAAGUGCUUCCUGAUCCUGAGGCUGGAGGAGGGACGGGUGGAGGGGGGAUGGAGGGCUGCAGAAGGACCCAGGGGAGAGCAGGGGCUGGAGGGCCGUACGGGUGGAUCUGGUGGCCCCACCUGUUGACCGCUAUGCCUUUGCCCUCCUGGGCUGGACCGGCUCCAGGGUAAGCAUGGAUCAAAUUAAUGUGAAAUGAGUGUGGAUGCCAAGACAUCUAACUGUUCCACAUUCAUUCCUCUACUGACUAAAACCAUAAAAAAACAAGCUGGUGGAGAUUUCCUAAUUCAAUCUUGUUCUGAGGGCAACGAUUCACAUUUGUUUCUGCUCUCGAGGCAGAGCUGCUCUUAGGACACGAAUAAGGACAAAUUCAAUUUGGCAAAAACAAACGAUCCAAUUCCACAUAGCGCUUGACAGAGUAGUCAAUAAACCAAAAAGAAAACAUUGAUGAUGAGAAAUACAGACAUAGCCAUGGGAAGUAGGGGCGCUGAGGGUGCUGCAGCACCACCUGAAACAUCUGAAUUAAAAACAAAUAGAAAUGUUUAAAAAGUAAUAAUAAAAAUGCAAUAACAAUUCACAAAAGUAGUGUACUGUUCCUUUUCUAGUCCUGUAUUAGUGGACUGAUAUAGCCGUCUGUAGCGGCUAUAAAAAUUGCAGCACCCCCACCCCCAAACAUCUUCCCCCAGCUAUGAAUGAAUACAUAGCUAAACACUAACAAGAAAGCUACUAUAGGAACACAACAGUGAUGGUAGAGUUAUCCCAGAAACUGAUCUGAUAUGGCAGAUGUCUUACUGUUGGGGAAUACAGCAACCCCUAGGGUGGCAGAAAAGGGGGAUAAAUUCAAUGAAAAAGGGUAAGAAGAGAUAUGACUUUUGAUUAUGUUCUUCCACAGCAGUUUGAGAGAGAUCUGAGGAGGUUUGCCAGGAAGGAGAAGGGGAUGCGUCUUGACAACCACGCCCUGUAUGACAAAACCAAG